AUGGCCAACACGUUCACGCUGCCGUUGCGCCCGAAGCACAUGGCCACUUCAGCCAAUACCUCCAACCACCACGACUGCGCCCUUUCAGAGCCCGCAGCCAACACGAUACCUCGCGACUCAGCAUUCGGCAGAAUUCUGGCUUGGGAUUUUCUGCGGCGCAAAAACGCCAUCUACAAGCAACAUUCUGCAGCAAUGUCAGACCUUGCCAAGAAGCACAGCGCGAGGCUUAGGAAUGACCUAGAGGCCCACUACCUCCUGGUACCGUCCUUCUUCUCAAGACCUCGGAGGGAGAUUCCUCACGACCUUGUCAAGCUCCACUGCAACAUCGUGUCAAAGGGUGUAUUCACGAGCGAUGGUCGAGUCCGCAAGCUGCCAGUCGUUCCCAAACACCUGCGGGCGAGUGCAGAGAGACGAUUCCUUGAAGACGUGGCACAUCUUCGGGAGGACUACGAGAGUGCCAUGUCCUCUCUGGUGGAAGAAAUCAAAGUGCUGUGUCCAGACCUUGUGCCCACAUGCACGGGGCCGGUAUAA